AUGUUAGAACAGCUGAAUUUUACAGUGGAUGGAAGGUGGGAAGCCAGCCAAGAAAGCACUGGAAUAAUUGAGUUUGGAAACAGAGAGACUGAGGCAGGGCUGGAGAUGAGUAAUGUAACGGACAUGAAAAUGCAUGAUUUUGGUGAUGAUUCCGAACUUGGCAAGGGAAAGCGAAGUGGUAAUGCCCUACCAGGACCUACUCAUGUGUAUGGGACAAUUGAGCGAGUCUAUGAUGGUGGAGUUCCUGCAGCUAUUGGUCACUGGCAUACAAUGAAACCCAGAAAACAGGAAACUCUGCAUAAACUCAGACGUGACUUUGCAGCAUUAAAUAAAGCAGCCAUUAAAGCUGGAUUGAUUACUCCACGAGAGAUCUACCAGUUUAGGGCAACGCACGACAUUGGAAUUCUGGGGAAAAAGGUAGAAAAAAAAGAAGGCAUGCUCCCUGAAAUAACUUUUGGAAUGCCCGUAAGGCCCUCAACCCCCAUGUUUGACCUACUGGAGAAUAAAUUCCAGAAGGAAUGGAUGGACGAGCAAAAAGCAAGAGACCGGAUCAAGCAGAAGAAAAAAACCCAUCAGGUCACCCUUGUAAAGAAUUAUCAAACCCGUGCAGCAGUGCUGAGUAAAGCUGUACCGAAAGUGGACCCUGCACCAAUAGUACAUCCAAAACGCUACCAAAAGAUAGGACCUCACCUAGAUACCUUCCGGAGCAUGAAAGCUCGCCGUGCAGCUCUUGAAGCUAACUGGUUGGAUUCUGCAGCAAGGAGUGGCCCCCAUGGACAUGGUGUCUAUGCCUUUGAAUAA